GCUCAGCAGUAGCAAUAGGCUCAGCAGUAGCAAUAGGCUCAGCAGUGUCGGUAUCAGCGAUGUGAAUGGAUUCAGGGUCCUCCAUUGCCACGUCACGACUGACAGUGACUUCGGUGUCGUUGGUGUCGUUGGUGUCGUCAGCCGCUUGUUGUGGGCGGGAGGGGGGCUGCGUCUGCACGACGGAAACGGGGAGUCUUUAAUAGUGGCCAGAGGCCGCCCUCCUCCUUGUCUUGGAACGGCGGCCGGCCGGGAGGCCGUAGACGGCCGUGGAGCUUGUAGUCUUACGACGGUUGUUGAGGCCACUCCUCCCGAGACUGUUGCCGAGGAUGUCCUCCCUACCGCUGACGGUGCUAUCACCGCUGAGAUGGAAACAGAUGGCCCUGUACCUGUUCCCGCUGCCGAUGAUUCUGCUGUCGCUGCUCCCGACACUGCUCCCGGGGAUGUCCUCCCUACCGCUGACGAUGCAGUCACCAUUGAGAUGGAAACAGAUGACCCUGUACCUGUUACCACUGCCGAGCAUUCUAUUGCCGAACCUGCCAUCAAUGAUCCUACUGUCGCCGAGCAUUCUAUUGCCGAACCUGCCAUCAAUGAGCCUACUGUCGCUGAGGACACGGAAAUGAGCGAAACCGACAUCACUGUCACCCUCGACGUAACCAUGGAAGACCCUGCACCCAUCAUCACCCGCGAUACCGCAAUGGAAGACCCUGAACCUGUUGCUAUCACCGGCGGCGGCGGCGUGGUCGGACCACUGUUCAAAGGUAAACCUGCUUCAUCCAAGUGUCAGCAUCUCGCACAUAACAUAUGGGAAUAA